UUCUCUCUCUCUCUCUCUCUCUCUCUCUCUCUCUCUCUCUUCCGUUUAUUUUGUUCUCUUGUUUUUGCCUCUAAUGGAGAAUUAUUAAUAACUUCAUAGAGAGAGCGAGAGGAGAGAGAGAAGGGAAACAAAUCCAUGGCGGCUCGAAGAUGCUCUGCUUCCAUGUUAACGCUCUUAUCGAUUUCCCUUCUUCUUUGCACCCUUGUUUUCAUCGCCAUAAACCAUAAUUUCUUCGCCAGUUACAGAACCCGAAGGGACCAUUUCUCCUCUGUCUCCGUCUCAUCUUCCCCUCUGUUUCUCCUGAAACAGAGCAACUCAAGUGAUUUUGUUCUGUCUCCCUCUGCAGCGUCCCAUGGAGAUCACUCUGUUUCUACUGAUCAGAAACAGAGCAACACGACAGCCUCCCAUGGCGACUCCUCCAUCUCCGAGCUUCAGAACCAGAGCGAGUUCGAAGAUCCCCAAAGGGUUUUUAACAGAAACACAAGUACUUUGUCGGCUUCUGCAACUCCCCAUGGCAGUUACAACGCUACUGAUCAUGAGAAUCAGAGCAUGACGCCAGAUUCCAGAAAAAAGAAUAAUUCCGAGAAAAUAGAAGAAGACUUGGCCAAAGCAAGAGAAGCAAUAAGGAGGGCAAUUUCGGGACAAAACAUCACAAUUGAAACGGAAGAGAGUUUUGUCCCCAAAGGCUCCGUCUACAGAAAUCCUGUGGCCUUUUAUCAGAGCCACAAGGAGAUGGUGAAACGCUUCAAAGUGUGGACGUACACUGAAGGAGAGCCACCGCUCUUCCACGACGGCCCGGUCAACGACAUAUACGCGAUCGAGGGCCAAUUCAUCGACGAGUUCUCGACCGAGGGCCCGAGAAUAAGCCCUUUCAGAGCCCGUAAUCCCGAGGAGGCCCACGUGUUCUUCGUGCCCUUCAGCGUUUCGAAGGUGAUACACUUCGUCUACAAGCCUAUCACCUCGGUCGAGGGCUUCUCUCGUGCUCGUCUCCAUCGCCUCGUGGAGGAUUAUAUCGGCGUCGUCGCUUCUAAGUAUCCGUACUGGAACAGGAGCCAAGGAGCGGAUCAUUUCAUGGUCUCCUGCCAUGACUGGGCACCGGACAUCUCAGAUCGAAACCCUAAAUUGUUCGAGAAAUUCAUAAGAGGAUUAUGUAACGCGAAUACCUCGGAAGGAUUUCGACCUAACGUAGAUGUAUCCAUCCCGGAGAUUUACCUCCCUAAAGGGAGGUUAGGUCCAUCAUUCCACGGCCAAUCACCGAGAUCCCGACCUAUUCUAGCCUUCUUCGCAGGACGGACCCACGGAGAAAUCCGAAAAAUCCUGUUCAAGCAUUGGAAGAACAAAGAUGACGAGAUACAAGUCUACGAGAGUCUACCUCCGGACAAAGAUUACGCCAAGAUGAUGGAACAAAGCAAGUUUUGUCUUUGCCCGAGCGGUUGGGAAGUGGCGAGUCCGAGAGAAGUCGAGGCGAUAUACGCGGGCUGCGUGCCCGUGAUCAUAUCCGAGAAUUACUCGCUACCGUUCCAAGACGUCCUUAAUUGGGAUUCGUUCUCGAUUCAGAUCCCGGUCUCGGAGAUUCGAGACAUUAAGACGAUCUUACAAAGGGUUUCGAGUAGGAGGUACUUGAGAAUGUAUAUGAGAGUGAUGGAAGUGAAGAGACACUUUGUGUUGAACCGUCCGGCCAAGCCGUACGAUGUUAUGCAUAUGAUGCUUCACUCCGUUUGGUUAAGGCGGCUUAAUCUUAGGCUUUUGCCUUAAAUUCGUAUUUUUUUAAAAUGUUUUGUUUUUUGUAAUUAGUUUUUUAUAUACAUGAGUCGUUGUAAUUGAUUUCUAUAGUUGGAAUAAUACUAAAAGGAGAUA